AGCAGUGGCCUGACUCGGCAGAAGGCAGCCCCCUCUCUUCAGAAAAGACAUGCCGUGAGCCCCCGCCCCUCUUCCCUGUGAGCCCCACACCCCUGGCUUGGCGGCGCGGGGGAUGGGAAGGCGCGCGCCAUGGAGGAGGCGGAGGCGCGGUUGCCAAUGCGCAGCCUCCCGCUUCCCCUUUCCCCGGCGGCUGGAGGCAGCGAGCGGCGGCGGGCGUCAGCAGGCAGGCGAGCCGGCCGGCGAGGGCGAUCAUGGCGCUGAGCAAUUUCCUCUUCGCGCAGUGCAUCUGCUACUUCCUCGCCUUCCUCUUCAGCUUCAUCGUGGUGGUGCCGCUGUCGGAGAACAGCAACGACUUCCACGGCCGCUGCCUCCUCUUCACCGAGGGCAUGUGGCUCAACGCCAACCUGACGGCCGAGAGCCAGCGCUUCACCGUGCAGGAGUGGGGGCCCGAGUCCGCCUGCCGCUUCAGCCUCUUCGCCGGCCUCCUCUCCCUGCUGCUCGCCGCAGUGCAGGCCUGGAGGACCCUCUUCUUCCUGUGCAAAGGCCACGAGGACUCUUUCUUUUAUGCCUUUCUGAAUUUGCUGGUCAGCGCCUUUGUGGUUUUCGUCAUCUUUAUUGCCAGCACGAUUGUCAGCGUCGGCUUUAACAUGUGGUGUGAUGCUAUCACUGAAAAGGGAAGCAUGCCAAAUAGCUGUGAAGAAUUGCAGGAUAUAGAUCUUGAGCUGAAUUUAGAAAACUCAGCAUUCUAUGACCAGUUUGCCAUCACGCAGUUCGGCCUCUGGGCCGCCUGGCUGACUUGGCUGGGAAUUACCAUUUUGGCCUUCUUGAAGGUUUACCACAACUACCGGCAGGAGGACCUCCUGGAUAGCCUGAUUCAUGAGAAGGAGUUUUUGCUAGGACGAUCCUCAUCACGAACUUCUUUUCAGGAGGAGAAAAGUGGCAUGAUCUAAUGGGUAGCUAAGCCAGUCUACCCGGCAGAUUGCAGGUUUUAUAAUUCUCUAAUUUGGCAGCUGUGGUUGGAGUUCAAGUGUGAAAAUUGUAUUGGGAUGCCUGCAAAGGUCUUUGGAAAGGAAACUGAAUCGGAAUUAAGUAUAUUGUUAAGGAGAUAUUGUCUGUAGACACAUUACAAUUAAGACAACACAGAAGGCUAGUUCACACAUCCAUGUCCUUCAUGGUUUUUCAUCAGUUGAUGACUCUCCAACACUUGAUGACUCUCUGUCAAAUGUACAAACUCUCAUCAGGUCUUAUCAAGAGUCCGAUUCAGACAUUAUGCUGUAUGAGUGUACAGAUGUCUGUACACUGCUACAUGUGUUUGUGUGAAUAACUGUACCUGUGCUCAUUUAAAAAGUAAACCUGAAUAGAAGCCAUUCAAAUGCAUGGUACAGAUAAGAAGUAUACUUUCUGUACCUGCAUUCAGCAUAAUGUGUGAAUGACUGGACCUGUGUACGGAUCUGUUCCUGUGUACACUCGUACGGAUGUACAGUGUACACAGGAACAGAUCCGUACACAGGUCCAGUAAUAAUUGAACAUAAUAAGGUCGUGCACACGACCAUUUUUGCUGGCGGGGUGGAGGGCUGGUGCGGAGGCCUGCCUCCUUGCACAGAAUCUCUGUCUCUGUCCAGGCUCUGCGGCUUGCCGAUGCUGCAGCGAUCGGCAGAGAAGGAAGUCCUCCAGCAUCCCUCAGUUCACCAUGCCAGGAGUGUGGUGCAUUGAACGAUCCUCCCAGAGUGCCCGGCUUGGUGUAUGCUCAAGUUGCUCAUGCUCUUAACUGAAAGCCGGGGUGAAAGGUAGGGUUGGUUGAGGCGACAGCACCAAGAUCAGCCUUGAUCCUGGCAUUGUGCAUGAGCAGCCUAACCCAGGCUGGGCUGCCCUAGCCUAGGUUAGGCUGCUCAUGAGAAUAGCCUUAAUGUGUGAAUGGACCUAGAGUUCUACCUCUGGGAAUGAAUUUUUCAUGGUCAUCAAUCAACACUGCAGUCAACAAGUGAUGGACACACAUGUGUGAACCAGCCUAUGAUCAGGAGCAAACUGUGCCAGAUCUUGGUAUUAGUUUUCUUUUUAGGCUAAAGAGCAGUGGCCGACAUACUCCGCAACGUUCCAUCUGUCUUGCAAUGGAAUGGACGUGCAAUUGCGCAAGAGCACUCAUGUCUAUAAUGCAAGAAUGGCACAAACACAGUUGCACGAUGGAUGGCUGUUAUUUCCAAGGGCUGUCCAUUGUGCCAAUGCAUUUGCACAAUUCUUGCAUUUGGCACAAGAUGGUUUUUAGUGGCUAAGCUGCAGAUUUGCAUUUUGUGUUUAGAUUUUUGCUCCACUCCAGUUUUUGUUUAAAAUGUCUCUGCUCCUGUGGGAUUCAGUUGAAAAAUUAUGGAGCAAUGUGGCUGGCUAGAUGCUCAGUUUGAUUGCCAUAACGAUAGCUUUUAAAACAAUUAAAGAAUUAAGCCAUUGUAUUAUAUUAGAUGUACUUUGUAGAUCUCAUGGAGGACUUGCAGAGUGCAUUUUUGAUUAGCUUCAAACUUGAGGUUGGCAUGCAAAAUAUAUUAUUAUUGCUUCGUAAAAUGUAGUGCAAAAGGCGAUAGUUAACAGCUUGCCUUGUAAGCAAUUAAUAUCCAAAGCUUGCUUCUUCAUAUAUACAACUAGAAUCUUAAUGAUAUACUGUACUAGUGUUCAUUCGCAGUGCUGCUCUCAUAGGAUAUGUGAAAUUAUGAUUAGCUACAGAAUACAUCUACCUUUAUAUAAAAUAGACAGGGAUGUGGUCAGGUGGGCAGUUUAUAUCUGAACUGGGAUGCUUUCUCCCCUUUAAGUAAACGGUUACAGAUGUAAAUUGUAAUCCAAGGAAUCUGCAUGCCAGAGAAUGACAGGGUUAGCAUUUGUUUUGGGGAUCAAGGGUACUUGAUUCCCAGACGCUAAUGUAGACAUGCUGCUUAACAAUGGUUAGCACUAACCACGGUUUGUUCUCCUAACCUUGAUUAAUAACUCAAAAAUACAGUGAAACCAUGAGGCUCUUCUCACGAUCGGUGAGAAGAGCCAUGAGGGUGUUUGCGGGCUAAGCCUGCUCUCCCUCCCCGCAGACGAGCAGUCAGUCUGCUCCGGGCGGCUACAGCAGCUGCUCACAUGACUGCUGGCUCCGUCACGGAGCUGAUGCGGGCUGGGGAGUUUUGGGGCCGCUCAGCUCCCGGAAGCUCCAGCAUGCCCUGCGUGAGCACCCCCGAGUCGGGAGGCUGCUUUUCAGCCUCCCAGUCGGGGGUCUCCUCAUGAGUUGCUGUGGCGUGGAGCCGCGCCGUGGCAACUUACGAUUUAAAAACCUGGGUUUGUGGCGCGCUUGCUCCGCAAACCCGGUUUAGGGGGAGGGGUAGUUUGGCGGGUUAACCGCCUGGAGGACACUAGGCUGGGGGGUUCGGGGGCCGCACGGCCCCUGGAAGUUCCAGCAUGCCCUGCACGAGUGCGCAGGGCACCCUGGAGAGACCCCUGAGCCAAGAGGCUGCUUUUCAGCCUCCCAGUUGGGGGUCUCCUCGUGAGUUGCUGUGGCGUGGAGCCUGGAGGACACGGGGCUCGCCUGCAAGCCCGGUGGUUCUCACGGUCGACUGAAAUUGGGCUAAGCUCCCCUAGCUCGAUUUCGGUAGACUGUGUGAAUAGCCUCCUAGCCUAGGCUACAGUACAUGUGUGAAGUGCCGGGAUCAGUCUCAAUCCCCGCACUGCCCCCACACCAAGCCUGAGGUUCUGACCUGGUGUUUAGUGCGGUGCACUCUGGGACGUGGGAGGGGAAAGUCCUCCUGCUCCCAGCUCCUGUAUUCACGGUGCCGCCAUGGAUGUGGGCCUGCGGUAUGGCAGAGGAGAGGUCAGCUGCUGUUCAUCUGCCCGGGAAGGCAGGCAAGUUCAUGCCUUCCCUGCAGCAUGACCAGCAGCAACCGUGAGGUCAUAUGAAAGACCUGUUUGUUUGCAAACCCAUUUUAAGUCAAGGUGAUUCUCAUGACCAGCCGAAACCAGGCUAAGGGAGCCCAGCCUGGUUUCGGCAGGUCGUGUGCUGCAAUGGGAGCUGUGUGGCUCCCGGCGGCAAGCCCGCUUAAAUGCCCUUCCCCUUAAAUGAGGUUAGUGUUAACCCCAUUUUUCUGACUGUGUGAGUCUGCUGCAGCUGCUUCCAGCCACAGGGGACACACUCAGGGAAGGGGGGAAGGGGGGACCCCCAGGAAUGCACUGUGCACUCAUGUCAUGCAUUACUAGGGGUCGAAAGGGUUUACUUCAGACUCCAGGGUGCAUUACUGGGGCUUAGUUAGCCCUGGCAGCUCUCUCCACUGAUCAUAAGGAGAGCUUCAUUGUUUAGGUUGCAUAUAACCAUCAUUUAAGGAAAACAAACCAUGCAGUGCAUGCUGGAGAGACCCCCAAACUGGGAGGCUGCUUUUCAGCCUCCCGGUUGGGGGUCUCCUCAUGAGUUGCUGUCAAAAAAUAACAAUAGUCCUGGCAUUUUGAGGACCCGCAGCCAUAUGAGGCCACAGGGCAGUUUGCCUCCCCCCUGCCCCCUUGCUAAGGAGCUCCUCUACAUAGCAGUGUUCAACAAGCCCCUGUGAUCUGAUCAGCCAGGAGCAGUGGUGGUUCAUGCCCACUGGGGCUGGUGUGGUGGAGGUCAGGGCAGGUAAUGGCAGGCAGAGCCAGGGAUAACAACAGGCACAGCUAAUUGUAGGCAGAGCUAACAGUAGAUGGGUCCAUGGGCAAUAUCAGGUGGAGCCGAUUAAUUCUGAUUUUCUCCCUACAGAAAUGUUCAAAAGGACAAUCACAUGUGAUAAGGGUAAAAGUGUGAUUUAUCCGUUUGUAACAGUCUGGUGAAGCUUUAGUUCAGUGGUAGAGCAUCUUCUCGCACACAGAAGGUCCCAGGUUCAAUCUGUGGAAUCUUCAGGUAGGGCUGGGAAAGAUUCCUGCCUGAAACCUUGAAGAAGCUGUUGCUAAUCAGUUCAGGCAGUACUGAGUUAGAUGGACCAAUCAUCUGACUCAUUAUAAGGCAGCUUCCUAUGUACUUUGCUCAGUUUUGCAUUACUGAUGGGAAAGGGGCAGUCCCUCCCCCACACCACAACCUCUUCAUAGAAGCAAAAAUAAAAUGAGUUUUUUGCAAUAUUCUUUUCCCCUUCUAGCAGUUCAAAUAUUUUUCCUUUUCCUUUUAGUGAAAAUUCUCAACAUCUCUUUACCAGUAAAAACCCGUUGCUUUUCCUCAGGCCAACCCGAGAGCUUCAUUCCUGAGCAGAGGAUUUGAACUGUCACCAAACCCAACAUUCUCUCUGCUGCAUCACACUCACCCCAAUCCAGCAACAGAUUUGCAUAUCUGGGUUACAACUGAAAUUUCAAAAAAGUUCUUUUGAAGGUGACUUUCAAGAAAAAGCAUAUGAGACAGUUCAAGGGUAACCAAGUGAGUUUCUGUAAAACAAGUGGCAUUUCUCAGGGAGUUUCUUAUUGCACAUUCCUAAAAUUAACACAAUGUGAAAUUUGAAGGGCAUUUCAGAGUACAGACAAACUUGUUAUACAUGGAACCGCUAUUCAUGAUUUCUCAUACGCAGGUGUCAAAUAUGACACCCGACCUCUUUAUCCGUGGAUACCAAAGGGUUGAAACCCACGGGUCCAUUUUUCCUAGAAGGCCAGAAAUGACCGUGGAGGUCAUUUCCAGCUUCCAUUUUGUCCACAGGAGCCAUUUUGUGACUCAUUUCAUUUUUUAAAAUGGAAAGAAAAAAUCAAUGAUUUUGGGGACUAUUUGGGACUUGGGAAGGCAUUUGGGAGGCAUUGCUGGAUGCCAGGAGAUCAAGGCAGCACAGUAGGGCAAUUUAUUUGACCCAUUUCCCCUCAUUUCUUAACAGUCUAGGAACAUAACCCCCACAAUCCCAUAGACUCAAUGCCUCAUUAUCCAUGGUUUUAUUACCUGUUAUCUGCAGUAACCCAUUUCGUUACCCGUUUUCGUUAUCCGCAGGAAUCUGCGGAUUAACCCCAUGGAUAAUGAGGUCAACCUGUACCUCCCAAAUUAAAACAUCCAAGGAUAUAUGAGUUGGCAUAAAGCAAGUGAAAUUUCAUUCUGUGCAUCCCUAAUCUGGAUACAUAUUGCCACGAUGCUCAACCAAGCCCUAUUGAACUGACUACAUAGAUUUGGAUGAGAAUGGGCAUCUGUGUCCAGAGCUGUCUGUUGACACAUGUGACUAGCUGCCAAUGGCUACUGCUGGAUCAGGGCCCAAGGCUUUCCACUUUGCAGUAGACUUGGAUACUCAUGUAAAUUGCCACUUCUGUUACUGAAUCUGCCACUGAGAGCAAUGUCAGAUUAUUUAUGUAUUAUAAGUCUUUGAUCUUGCAAAGUCCUCUUCGUAAUUUGCCUUCUGCAUAAAUAUCCCUGCAUGCCUGACUUUUUAAUGAGGAUGGUAACAUCUGAAGAAAUCCAUGUCUUUAAUUUUAUAUGCUGGGAAAGAAGGUGCUGGCAUUCUCCCCAGAGUUCCAAAAUGUACCGGAACAUUCCUACAAGGCCCUCACAUUCCCAAAUCAUUUUUUGUUUCAUUCUUUGCUUCAAACCAAAGAUCUUGUUUUCAGUAGUUGUUGUGAAUAACCACAGCUGCUGAAACAGCUAUCCCCCACCCUUCCCUGAACGUGCACCAUUUUGCUAUCCUUUUCAAAUGGGUGAGGUUGUUCACACGACUGCUUCUGGUAGGGCCAGGGAGGGCUGGAUGGGAGGCAGGAUCAUUCCUACCUUCCCCCACAUGACCUCCAGUUCUGGCCAGCCAUGCCACUUGUACGCCCACACGAACUGAAAUGCAGUGAGCAGCAUGGUACUCCAGAGGUUGGGGGAAGGAUGCCCAGCCGCCAGAUAUUCCACAAUGCAUUUUGUGAGCAACACGGUGUAUUAUGGAAAAUCUUGAAGCUGGGUUGUUCCUUUCCCCAGCCUCUAUGGUCACAAUGGCUCCCAGCAGCCAAAACAGAGCUGCCAGCAGUCCAUGUGUCCACAUGACCAGUUUGGUGCCAGUUUCAAAAGAGUAAAGCAAACAAAAAACAAGCAAACUAGAUUUACAUCAUCUGAAGUGUUUGUAAGGUCUUGAUUGCCUUUUGAACUGAGAUGCUAGUGAUGGAAUUGAGGACCUUUUACACGUCAGGUUUGUGCUCUUCCAGUGAGCUAUAUCCCUUCCGCAACGUUGUUGACCAAUACUGAAAUAAUAGUAUAAUAUUCCAUAUAAAUGGAAAAGUAACUUUCGCUGCCUGUAAAUAUUUGAACUCUUAUCUUUACUGAUUAUUUUCAUAAUGACAAGGAUGAAUGUUUCAGCCUCUAAAUAUGUGUCCUGUGGUGUGUGUUUGUGAACUUUUUUUUUAAUAUGGGAAAAGAAAUUAUCAUAAUGUAAAAAAGACUUCUGUGUGUAACAGAUACAGUGGGCCAUUAUCUGUGUGCAACAGUUACAGUGGGCCAUUACAGACUCAUGGAUGAACUACUUGAGUGGUGCCAUCAACUACGCCUCCUCCAUUGCUACCUGGGGAAAGAAUAAGUUUAAAUGAAAGUGCAACAUUGAAAUUCUACAUCAAUGCUGCACUACUUUGGCCCUCCAGCUGUUGUUAGACUACUCCCAUCACCUCUGAUUAUUGGCCACUGUGGCUGGGGAUAAUGGGAGCUGUAGUCUCCCACGUAAGGCUGAAGUUGUACAGCCCUGUUCUACAUCCACAUUUGAAAAUGAAAAAAGAAAUCUAAGUGCCAACCAUUGGGCAUUGCAACAUGAGAACUGAUAACCCAUUUUCAUGCCAUAACUUGAAAUUCUCCCAGGUUUGAGAAACUGGGUCAAACUAGUUAUAUGUAUUUAUUUUAACUAAUUUAUUUUAACACAGGCCUUGACAAAUUUGCUCUGGAUCUGGGAGCUAGCCCCAAAUUGUAAGAACCAGACAGGGGUCGCUUGACAAAAUUAGCAAUGGACAUUGUGGAGAGGGAGGGUAGAUGAGCUUCUCUUUACUCCCAAGUAUGUUAUUCCAAAUAACAUACUUGGAGCAGAAACAGGGCUGCAUCCCUAUCUCUAAAGAUGCUGGUCUAGACACCACAGUUGCAUUUCAAGGAAUCAUGGCUCCCUGGCACCUGGGAUUCAUCAAGCCCUGUUUUCACAAAUGGGAUGUAUUUAGGCCAGGCCUGCUCAGCUUAGGCCCUCCAGCUGUUUUUGGACUACAACUCCCAUAAUUCCCAGUGACAGUGGCCAAUAGCCAAGGAUUAUGGGAGUUGUAGGCCAACAUCUGCAGAAGGGCCAAAGUUGAGCAGCUCUGAUUUAGGCAGAUGUAUUUAUUUAUUGGGAGAACUGUGGGUUGAUUUUUCAAAAGGUCAAAUGGAGCUGCAGAGGGCUCCCAAUUGGGAUAAAGACCAUGGAAGUGGGGAGGGGGAAUUUAACCCUUUCCCCAUGUGGUUUUCCUGCUCCGACUCACACACCUCUCCCCACAGCUGCUAUUUGAUACGUGGGGCAAAGCAUACAGAUAUCUAUGGCUCCAUUUGAUCUUUUACAAAGCCAUGGGAGGUCAAAUUAGAGACCUCUCUCCACCUUGUGUAGCGUGGGCUUUAAAUAUGGAAUCUGAACUUUAAACACAUUUUGCAUUACUAGGCUGACAUACAGAUUGCGGAAACAUCAGUGCAGUGUAACAGUAGCCUAAUAUAAAUUCCUAGCUAACUCCACCAGUGCACUGGAGAAGCUGCAGUUUUUGCUGCUCUCUCCUUUCCUAGGAAGCCCUCUGUGUCACCCAAAUAUAUGUCCCUGAAGAUUGUGCAACCCUCGAGGACAUAUUUUUGGGUGGUACAGAGCACUUCCUGGGGAAGGGGAGGGCAUCAAAACUUGCUGUCCCCCCUGUGCACUGGUACAGUUAGUCAGGAAGUUCUGUUAGGCUGCUCUUCCACUGCACUGGUGCACCCUUGCUCUGUAUGCCAGCUAUAGGUGUUAAAUGCCAAAUCCAAAUUUUAAGACUUUUUGGGUAAAAAUUAAAUCUUGCAUUUGCAUCCAAAGACCUUCUGAGAAUUUACACUCGUACCUUGUAUUUUCUUUUGGGGCCUUUAUUCACUGCUUAGUUGGGCAUGAAUUGCAUGUAAUGUAUUGGGGAAACAAAUAUUGGGUUUAAAUAUGUAGAGUGCUGCUUUCCUCCCUCUAAAGAGCUGAGCAGGGAGUUUGGAACAUCAUAGCUUCUAUCCUCUUGACUUCAGGCAAAACUGUAAUAGCUAGCUCUUCUCCUUCUCUGAGCCAAUGGCCAGGUUUCCAUUGUUUUUGGUUUGAGGCAGGCUUGGAUCCAAUCUCUGCCUAAAAUAGCAUAUUUACUGUUAGUAUUUAAUAAAUGUGUUUUAUAUAAAAUGCUUUCUCUUUCCUUCUGGAGAGCACAUUGGAUUUCUGAUCUGGUGCCAUAUAUAAAUAAACUGUCUGCAAAUGUAAA